UAACCCCUACACAGUAUAUCUCCUGUCAUCUCACCCUCACCACACAGCUCAAUUCUGGGGGAGCCCGAGAUGCCAAAGACGAGAAUGUCGGGGAAUACAAAUUCAGAAACAGAUCUUCUGUCCAGCGACUACCUUCUGACCAGAUGCUAAGCUAAACUCUAACCCCAUUUCUGGAAUCUUCCAUCUGGAGUAAGCUUCAACAUUAAGGACAGACAGAGCCUGGCCCCGCACAAGAUCUAGCUGUAGAGAAUGGGUAGGUUGAGAGGACACUGAGCAGGUCUGGAAGGCUGGGUAAGGAUGAAGCAGGUGAGCAGGAGGGCGCCCCCUUACCUACUCAACCUGUUUGCUCUGCCUUCAGGGCCUGACCAGAGCAGUGCCCCACAGGGAAGGCAUUCCAUCUGUCCCGUGGUCAGAUUUUCCCAGCACUCACCUAGAGCACACACCUGGGGAGCCAAGGUCACUGGGCUCAAUUUGCCCCAAAGCCUCCACAAGACCCUCCUGGGGCCACCCUAGGACUUUAUCUCUUCCUUGUCCUGCCUCUAUAUAGUCAGCACCAAAUGAGUCAAGGCCACCUGGGAGAGAAGAAAAGCUCCCUUUGGUGCAGGCCUCACCCUGGCUCCUCCCUCCACCCUGCUAACCAUGACAGUCCAUCUCCCAUCCGUCCCCAGGACACAUCCACCUGCUUUACAGGUGAGAAAACAGAAAUGCACAGAGCUUGGUGCUGGCCAGAAACUCUGCUUCGGGCCCUGGGUCCUGUCUUUAGCUGGCCCCUCUUCCCGGCACAGGCUCACCCAGGUGUCUCACUGGAGACUCUGGGGUGGAUCUGCAGUGAUUAAUGCCCACUUCCAUCCCCAUCUCCAUCCCUACCUCUUUACUGCUCCAUAGCUGUGUGGCUUGGGGCACCUCCCCACUCUGGGCCUUUCUGACUCAGUCUCCCAGCUGCUGUUGAGGCUCACAGGGUCAGCUUCUCUGUAGGGUCGUUGUGAGGUGUGAGUAUGACACCAUGGUGGUUUGUGGGAGAAGUCUCUGAACACUUUCCCAGAGCGUUUCACGGCUGAGACGCCGUCUUUGCCUCCUCCUCCCCAUACCUCCAGGUUCUUCAUUUCCCUCCGCAUUGGCUCAGCCAGACACCCUCGGCUCAGCCUGACCUGUUCUGCCCCCCGACAUGAUUGACCACCACCCCCAAGUCCUUGGGCCCCACUUCUUACAUGUCUAUGCAGGCCAGUGGGGGAUGGGUGAGAUGUGGGGGCAUAGAUAGAUCUGGGGUGAGGAGCAGAGGACAGAGACUCUGGUGAGAGAGAGCCUGGCAUGAAGCUGUCACUGACGCCAUGAAUGCCAGUCCUUCAGACCGCCCACGGAGAGAAUAGAAACAUUACUAGGGUGACUUUUGGAUGAAUAUGAUGACAUAUUCCAAGUACAGACCCGGGCUCUGAUGCCCUGGCUUGGCUGCUAAGUGGAGCGUCAGGCCUCGUCCAUGAAGGGUCCUGCCGGGCUUCUGGGUCAGAGUGAGGACAGAGAGGACAGGUGAGAGGCUCGUGGCCUCGGCGGAUCACCCUGCAAAGCCCCUGAGCUGACUUUCCAAAUCCCCAAUAGUGCUUCCCUGUCACACGGAGGGUUAGCCCCACUUAGGAGGCCACGCUCCACCCGUCCGUCCGUCCGUCCGUCCCCUUAACUCCGUGAUCCCUAAGAAGCUCCCAGGCUCUAAUGCAGGACAGAACUGCCCACCCUGUGAGGCAUGGCCAAGCUGAGGGUGGUACUCCCCUUGCCCCAGACCAACAUGGGACUUCUGCCCCUCUUGGGCCUGGGGAGAGGACAGCAAAGGACAGGCUGGCAGGGACAGGACCGGAUGUUUACUGGGGUGGACAGGAUGUUGUUUACUGGGGUGCUGCCUCAGGCUUCUUAGUACCAGGCACCAAAACACAUUCUGGGAAAUAUUUAACUUCAUUUUUCCACUUCUACCGGAAGACAGGUAUUUAGAGAAAACUGGGGUUCGCAGACGCUGUCCCUUGCUCGGGAUGCAUGGCCCAUGACAGAGCAGGGAUACGCAUGGGGAGGUGGCUCUACCUUGCCCUCACCUCUCUUCCUGUGGCACCAGGAGGCACAGACUUGCACUCACUCUUCCUCCACAAAACCAUUUCAGGUUUAAGCUGGGCAGGGGGACCUGGGUUUAGCAGGGAUACCGCCUGCCUGGCACUGGAGUCCAGGCCAGGGGAGGAGGUGGAGGCCGCCUGGGCACUCAGAGCCUGCUCUGGGCAGCUGUGUCCCACCUCAUCGUGCCGUGGGAAAUGCCCACCAGCUUCUCCACUGCCCCAGGUCUACCCAACACCCUCCGCUGGACCUGAUCACAGAGACAGCUGGAGAUGCUAGCCUUCCAGUGGGCGGGUCCCCAAAGCGCGGGGACCCAAGCAGUCCUUUACUAGGAUAGAGGGUAGGCUUCCCAGAACCCAAAGUGAGCGAGCCCCCAGGGGCAGGUGUCCACACAGGCACAGCGCUACAUACACACACCUCAAAUACAUGGCGAAUGUCACAAAAGCAUUUAAAGUCCUCGGGGAGGCGGGAUCUACAACAUGCCCCCUCAUAAGAUUUGUCACUGGUUAACAGUCUCAGCCAGGCCCCUUGGUCCCAUGCAGUGUGUGUAAGGACGGCAACAAUGAAGGAUGGACAGGGAUGCUCGCAGCCGGGGAGUCAGCCUGAAGACAGCAGGGCUGCCCAGCUCCCAGGGGCACCUGGGUAAUGCUGCAGGUGUGGCCAGUUGAUCCCCUGUGGAGACAGUAAAGAUUAAGAGGAUCAUACACUGUAUCCAGAGCUGUGCUGGGAGAAGUCUGGACCCAGAGCCAAGGUGGUGAGAAAGCUCCAGAAGGAAAAACUUGUAACUCACAAGGGAAGGGAAGCCGAGGAGAGACGGGCACAGACAGACAGACAGACAGUAGACAGCAGUAGACACAGAGACAUAGCUGGGCCCAGCAGCUGCUUGCAGGCAGGUAACAGGUGGCCCUUGGGACCUGCCAUACCCAAUGAGCUCUACAAUGGCUGCUGUGGCUGUGGCUGUCACAGCCUCCAAGAAGGAGUCUCCGAGCAGGUGGGGCCUUGGAGAGGAUCCAACAGGUGUGGGGCCCUCACUCCAGUGCCGAGUGUGUGGGGACAGCAGCAGCGGGAAGCACUAUGGCAUCUACGCCUGUAAUGGCUGCAGUGGCUUCUUCAAGAGGAGUGUGAGGAGGAGGCUCAUCUACAGAUGCCAGGUGGGGGCAGGAAUGUGCCCAGUGGACAAGGCCCAUCGCAACCAAUGCCAAGCCUGCCGACUGAAGAAGUGCCUACAAGCAGGCAUGAACCAAGAUGCUGUGCAGAAUGAACGCCAACCCCGAAGCAUGGCCCAGGUCCAGCUGGACGGCAUGGAAGCAGGCAGUGAUCCCCGACCUGAGCCCUUGGUGGCCUCCCCUGCCUUGGCAGGGCCCAGUCCCCGAGGCCCCACAGCUUCAUCUGCAGCCAGAGCCAUGGGCCACCACUUUAUGGCCAGCCUCAUCACCGCCGAAACCUGUGCUAAGCUGGAGCCCGAGGAUGCUGAAGAGAACAUUGAUGUCACCAGCAAUGACCCCGAGUUCCCUGCAUCCCCCUGCGGUCUAGAUGGCAUCCAUGAGACAUCAGCUCGCCUACUCUUCAUGGCUGUCAAAUGGGCCAAAAACCUGCCUGUGUUUUCCAACCUGCCCUUCCGGGACCAGGUGAUCUUGCUGGAAGAGGCAUGGAAUGAGCUUUUCCUCCUGGGAGCCAUACAGUGGUCUCUGCCCCUGGAUAGCUGCCCACUGCUGGCCCCACCUGAGGCCACCAGUGGCGGUGGCAGUGGCUCUCAGAGCAGGCUGGUCUUGGCUAGUGCAGAAAUGCGCUUCCUGCAGGAGACCAUCUCCCGGUUCCGGGCGCUGGCAGUGGACCCCACGGAGUUUGCCUGCAUGAAGGCCCUGGUCCUCUUCAAACCCGAGACACGAGGCCUGAAGGAUCCUGAGCACGUGGAGGCUCUGCAGGACCAGUCCCAAGUGAUGCUAAGCCAACACAGCAAGGCUCACCACCCCAGCCAGCCUGUGAGGUUUGGGAAAUUGCUCCUCCUGCUCCCGUCCUUGAGGUUCCUCACGGCUGAGCGCAUCGAGCUCCUCUUCUUCCGAAAGACCAUAGGGAACACUCCAAUGGAGAAGCUCCUUUGUGAUAUGUUCAAAAACUAGUGGGCGUGUCCAGUGUUUCCAGGCGCCCCGGCAACACUCACUCUUUGGAGCUAAGUCUUUUCCUGCCUUUCUCAUCCAGCAAUUCCACGUGCAGGUUUUUGUACCUGGCAGAAAUUUCUCCCAAAAUGCUUUAUUGGCGUAUUCAUAGCGGUCUUAUUAACACCCCUAGCUCUGGACAGUAGAAUGCAUGGAUGGGUUGUGUUAUAUUCAUAGGAAAAACAGCU